GUCCCUUCAUGAUCGGCCAGUAAACCGGUAUGACGUGUUGUAUACAUAAUAAAUGUAGCUAAUAAAAGUGAACAUGAAUAAAAAUAAAUUAAACACCCCUUCGGAAAUAAUUGUUACCGCUUCCGUUUCAGCGGGGCUUUCUAUUAUUCUAUCGUUGACAAAUAUAGUGCUAUGUAUACUAGCUCUAAUACUCCGUUACGAUUGCAACAUCGGUAACUUAGCAAAUUCUACGGGCGCCGAUUAUUUCUUGGUAACAAUUGCUCGAGUUUACGUUCAAGAUGAAACCUGCAGUCCGUUGUCUAUAGAGAACCUUACAAAGGUUCACUCAGUCUUUAUAUUAACAAUUAUUAUCUUGGUCUUUGCCGUAAUUAAUCUUGUCGCUUCAAUUGCGUUAAUAUCAGUUGCAAGCAAGGAAGAAGGUCCCUCUCAAUACUUAGAUAUCGUCGCCUAUAUAUAUGUCGGUGCCUGCUUAGCUUCCUUAGUGGUUGAUCUAACCCUAGGCGUACACUUUGGUAUGGACUAUCAAACUAUGAAUGACCGUUUGAGCUUAAAUGCGCCCGGUUUGGCAUCCCCAAACUAUCAAUUAGACAUGAUUCGGCUGGGAGCUUUUCUACUUAUGACUGUAUCGCUCAAGGGAUUUAUUGGCUAUGCAAUAAACAUCGUUCUUCUCGUCUUACUAGUAUCUUACAUUGUUGAGUAUAAAAAAAAAACACAUGAAGAUGAGCAUCCAAUUCACAAAUUGGGAGUAUUAAACGCCUUUGACUCACCAAAAAGAUAUGAAGAUCCUUGGAAUGCUCAACGUAAUGACGUAUUUAUGGGUAUAAGAGGUUCUUCGUUAAACCAGCCCCAUGAGGAACAACCUCAUCCUGUUCCAAUGAGAGGAAAUCCCUUAAGCCAUGACAAUGCAAAUAAUGCGAAAAGAGUAGAAGAUCCAUGGAAUCUGCACCGCAACGAUAUGUACGUGGGAUAUCCCCGGGGGCCUCAAGUAAAUCCAGCGUUCAAUCACGACGAUGAACCUCCAAGAACUCCCAUAAAAGAAAACCAUUUGUCCGAUUACAAGAAUAAUAAACGUCCAGACACAUGGCUGCACAGUCAAAUUGGUUCCGGGACAGGUCUAGGAUCACGCCCGUUUUCAUACCUUGAGGAACCAAAACGACCUAUAGCUGUGAAGCCACCUACAACACCUACAAAUGACCCGCAAUGGCGUCGUGAUGCUUGGCCUCCUGCGCCUCCAGUACCUGACCCAGACUAUAGUCCUCCACCUCGAAGACUAAAGUCGGCCCUCAAGUAUCCAUAGAAUUAAAAUAAUCCAAAUAAUUUUUACCUAACGAAACAAAACUUUUUUUUAAUUUACGUUGAACUUAUAAUCUGUCAAAAAAAAAGCGAAAGAAAAUCAGAAAUCUUAAAAGAACAUUUACACCUGAAAGUAAAGACAUAGAAUACUUUAAUAUGCAACUGUAAAUGCUUACUUAUUAAUUUGGGAAUUAUAGUAAGUAGUAAACGGA